AUGACUUUCCUAAACCACACUGCAAUGAUGGACUUCAUUCUUGUGGGACUCACAGACAGCCCAGUGCUGGGGAGGAUCCUCUUUGUGGUGUUUCUGGUCAUUUUUGUCAUCACACUGGCAGGAAACUUGUUCAUGAUUGUGCUCAUCAGGACCAAUUCCCAUCUGCAAACACCCAUGUACUUCUUCCUUGGCCACCUCUCUUUUGUAGACAUCUGUUACUCUUCCAAUGUUACCCCAAAUAUGCUGCAUGGUUUCAUCUCAGACCAGAAGACCAUCUCCUAUGCUGGAUGCUUCAGUCAGUGUCUCUUCUUCAUUUCUUUAGUGAUCACUGAGUUUUAUAUGCUUGCCUCAAUGGCUCUGGACCGCUAUGUGGCCAUUUGCAGCCCUCUGCAUUACAGUACCAGGAUGUCCAAGAAUGUUUGUGUCUCUCUAGUCACAUUUCCAUAUGUGUUUGGCUUCCUGAAUGGGCUUUCUCAGACUCUGCUCACUUUCCACCUAUCUUUCUGUGGCUCCCAUGAAAUCAACCACUUUUACUGUGCAGAUCCCCCUCUGAUCAUGCUGGCCUGCUCUGACACUCAUGUCAAAAAGAUGGCCAUGUUUGUUGUAGCUGGCUUUACUCUCUCAAGUUCCCUUGCUAUCAUUCUUCUAUCUUACCUUUUCAUUUUUAUAGCUAUAUUGAGGAUCCGUUCAGCUGAGGGAAGGCAUAAGGCCUUCUCUACAUGUGGUUCCCACAUGACAACAGUCACCAUAUUUUAUGGAACCCUUUUCUGCAUGUACUUAAGACCUCCAUCAGAAAAGUCUGUAGAAGAGUCAAAAGUAUUCGCAGUUUUUUACACUUUUUUGAGUCCAAUGUUGAACCCCUUGAUCUAUAGCUUAAGGAACAAAGAUGUCAUCAAUGCCAUGAAAUGUGUCCUUAAAGGAAAGCUCCUCCAAUAA